AGUUUAUGCAUAGGUGACGUCGGCGCAACCGAUUUCCAGUGCUCUGCCUCGGCUUAUCUGCCUCUUGCGGUUUCCCCGUUGCUCUGUGUGCGCGUGUGUGCUCUACUGUGGCUCUCGCGUGGGAUCUCCCGACAAACGUUUAGCUUCAUAUACAGACAUAUAUACAUAUAUUAAGCCUCCGUUGCAACCUGCAGGCCGCAGAGUCCUCCUCUCUCCCUCUCCUCUCUCCCUCUCUCUCUCACGCUUUGCUUGCUUUGUUUUUUGGUUCUCCUCAACAAAAAACGAAGAAUUCAAACCGACGUUGUGCACUUAGCCAGCUUCGUCUUCGCUUCUCCCCUUCGCAUUUCUUUGUUUUGAAAAACUUGUGUUUGCUGCCUUUCUACCGCCGGCGUCUGCUUUGCGGAACGUUCUCGUUAGUUUUCUUUGGGAUUCAUUUGCUGAUGGGGUUUCUUCUUACUGUUCUUAUUAUUCCUAUAUCAUUGGACGUAGCCGUGUGUUGCUCGGGCACGCCGAUUUCAGCGUCUGACCGCGGCUUUCCACACCGUCUUUUCUUCUUUCUUUCUAUCGCUGUCGCUGCCUCGCAUCGCAACUGAGUACACUCCCCGCACAGCUGAACACAAGAACGACCCAGAAAGGACGAAGAAAAUUAAAAGCAUGGAGCUUUCUGCGUCCUCAACUCCAGCAGCAGCAGCAGCGGCCGCCGCCGCCGCAGCGUCUUCCUCCUCUGACAACUCUCCUGCAUCCCCCGUCAGCCCCACCGCUCCUCUCACCGACACCGCCCUGCUGCAGCUAUCUUUGCAAAAUGCAGCGGCGGCCGUCGCAGCCGGCAGGGCCACCGUCGCCGCCAACAACUACGCCCUGGUCGUGAAGAUCUUCUUCCGCAAGUGCUUCUUGCUGGAGGAGCUCGUCCUGCUGGGGCUCGCGAUGGGCUACGAAACGCACAGCUCCGCCCAGCAGGCACGGCUGCGCGAGCGCGACAACAUGGAAGGAGAAGAAGGAGAAGAAAGCGAGGCGGAGGCGCAACAGCAGGGCGGUGCCGACGCUGGCGGCGACCCGCGUGCCGCACACACGCCGCUGCAGCCAUCACAACCGCAUUUGUUGUUGCCCGCCGUGGACGUGGACGCCGCGCAGAGGCAGCAAAAGGCGGGGGGCGUCGUCCACACGUCGGGCGGCGAGCGCUCCGCGCAGCUCGUCGAUCCGCUGGCGAGCGUCGGCAUGUUUUUGCCUCCCGGUCUGGCCGAGGACGACUACGAUGAAGAGCGCAACUACUACGCGCAGAAGCGGCAGCAUCAGGAAGAGCUCGCACACGGCUGCCUGCCGUCGCAGCAGCGACAGCGGCAGUCAUCAUCAUCCGCAGCACAGAAGCCUCUGCCGCAGUUCCCACCUGGUGCGGCCACCUCCUCGUUUGCAAAACAGUACAGCACCGCUGCAGCCGCUGCUGCGGCUGCGAAGAGCGCUGGCAGUCCGGUGGACGACGUGCCCGGUUACGACGCAUCAACGGCGCGGUGGCUGGCGUGUUUGCUUGCGAAGGUGCACCCUGAUGCCCUGCCCAUCGCAACGCUGGAGAAGCUGUGCAAGGUGCAGAUCCCAUCGCGUACGCCAAGUGAGCUCGCAAACGACAGCAGUGGACGCUACACGACAUCGUUUGCUGCCUCGCCGACGUCCGCGGUGCGCGGGGCACACGAGAACAACAGCAGCUUAAACUUUCCAACCUCCUCUUCAUCUGCUAUUGCUGCUGCUGCAUCGUCGUCAGCCGGGAUGAGUGUCUUCUCCCCCAGCAGCACGGCUGCCCUGGCGAGGUUGAUCCCUCACCUCAAAUCGUCACCCACGAGCUCCUCGCUGUGCGGCAACAACAACAACGGCACAGCAUCACCGACCGUGUCUACCACCGCCACGAACUCCCCCACGAUGAACCGCAACGACACGACGGCCACCGCCAGUGUCUUCGGCACGUCGUCCUCCUCGUCGCUCUCCCUGCUCUUCGCUACGCUGCUGUGGGAUGUGGCGUGUGCGCUGUGGAACGAGGGAUUUGUGGAGGACACGCACCACUGGCUGUCCGUCAUGGACGUGCGACGGCUGUGGAAGCUCUACGGCGACUCCUGCAUGGCGGCCGCAGGGCCCGAGACGCCUCCAAACGCGUCGGGCUCUAACAGCCUCGAUGCAACUCGUGUGAUGUCUCUCGGGGCGAACAACAACAAUAAUAGUACUAACGGUGGUGGAGGAGGACUCAUGACUGCGUCGUCGCUGCACACGGCCUCCACGUUGUAUACUUCCAUGGAGCCACACGAGGAGGGUGUCACGUGCGAGGAGCGCGCGUGUGCGCUGAGUUGGCCGGCGGUGCUGGCGGAGUGCCGAGCCGCAGACGAGUCCUCGUCGUGCAGCGCGCCUUCGUCAGCACCUCCACCACCACCACCGCUGAGGCAGCAGCAGUCAUCGUGGUCUGCUACGCCCCCUGCCACGCAUCCCACGGACACGCGCAACAGCGCGAAUACGCAAGCAACGGAGCCGCACGAGGCGAAGACGGCCGAUGUAGCUUCACCUUCACAGCAGGAGCAGCAGCGCCAACAACAAAGGCAGCUGUCUCGCCCACGGUCAGGUAUUACGCUGUCGGCCUUCGCCAGCACCCCAGGGCCGCUGCCCAUGACGGUGCCGACAAGUGGCGUGAACGACGCCUCGGCCUGGCCGGAUGAACCAGCAGGGAGCAAAGACACAGGAGACGGUGCGACUGCCUUGAAAAAUAUGGGCGACGGAGGAGCGGCAGUGGCGACGGAGAGAAGCAGGGGCGGCGCCGGUUCCCGCGUCGCGCGCAACGAGCAGGGGGCUCUGCACGAAGGUGUUCUGUCGGGCGGCGAGGAUGAUGGCGGGCAGCAGUCAAAUCAACGAGAGCACGAAGAAGAUCGGAAGCGCGGAGAGGUGGAAGAAAUGGAUCGCUCAUCGGGAAGCUCGGCGACGGCGACCCACGCGGGAGCCACCGCCACGCAGCCUCACGCUAUUCCGAUGUUUGUCCGCCGCCUUGCACGGCGCACGAGUGCCCUGCGAGAUCUCUGCGGGCUGAUGAUGGGCUGUGAGACGGCCGAGGACGUCUUGUACGUUAUUUUCGCCCUCCACUGCGCCUUGCAGACGCAGCAGCGGAAGAUGGACCAACUGCUCGCACAACAGCAGCAGGAGGCGGAUAAGCGCAGGAGCCACACGAAAGCCACCUCGUCGGCAACGCCCACCACCACCACCGUCAGCGGCGGACUUGCCGAGGUGUUGGUCGUGGCCAACCUGCUCGUGGAAUUCUUCCUGGCGAAACGCGCGCAGAAGAUUCUGCUGGAAGCCGGUCUGCUGCCCUCCCAGCUCUUGUCUGCGGUCUCCCCGGGAGAACAGCAGAGCACAGCAGCAGCAGCAGCAACAGCACGCCCACUCCCGCCUCGCACACCGCGGGGCGAACACACCCAUCGCAUGGACCGCGCCAUCCGGCAGGCGUGCGACGAGGUCGUCUGCGCCUUCACGAACGGGCAGUGUCUGACGCUCUACGGCCUGGAGUCCUACGGCAUCCCGACACCGCACGACCGCAAUAACAACAACAACAACGGCGGUGGUGGCGGUGGUGGCAGUCGCGAAAAGGGAAGCGCGGUGCCACUGCUGGUGCCGGAGCUGCCGUACGUGCUGGUCAGCAACGUCCUCAGCAGCGCCUUGAACUUUGCCACCUUGUAUCGCCUGAGUAAGGUAUUUCAUGGCGUGAUGGGGGUGCGUAGUAAUAGUAGUAGUGGUGGCGGUAGUGGUGCGGGCGGCAGGGCUGAUCAGGCGGCCCAGUGUUCCGCGUGCCAGCCGACCACCCCGGCGCCCUCGCCGGCGAGCGUGUUCAUGCAUGUAAACCGCACACGCAAGGCAACGGAGGAGGAAAAGCUACGACGGCAGCGAUGGACACGCGGAGCGCCACCCGGGCAGCCAGCGGCACGCUCGCCCCAUCCCCAACCCACUCCACAGCAGCAGCAGCAGCAGCAGCAGCAGCAGGGUUCUGCACAGAGUGUGGUGGGUGAACUUUUCGGCUUCAUGAAGGGCGCAGCCGCGAGUUGGCGCAACGCUACCAACUUCGUGCACCCAACGUCCGCGGAGGCGGAGGCGCCGACGGAGACGCCGGUGGCACGACCGGCCCCCUCGCCGCGGCACGACGUGCGGCCUUCGCGGAUCGAUCCGGAGUUCUUUGACGCGCCGCCGUUGUCGUCGUCAUCGUCGUCUGCGGCGGCGGCGGCGGCGGCGGGUCAUCUCGGCGGUGGUUAUGCGGAGCGGUUGGCCAACGCACGCCGCGUGCACGCGGAGAGGAUAGCAGCGGCCGAUCGCACGUACGAGUUCACGCCGUGGUCGGCGCUGUCGCCAGACACUGUGACGAGUAACAACAGCAGUUUGGCCAACGCAAGUAGCAUCAGUAAGACCGGCAGUAAUUUAAGUCCCGGUACGCGCCACAGCAGCACCGGCGCGCCACGAAAGGCUGUGUUAGAGGUGCAGACGAGCGGACCGGGUGCGUGUGAGCUGCUCGUGCCCUCACGCGCCACAGCGCGCACCGCAGCCAGCAAGAACGACGGUGGCAUUAUGAUCUCUUCCUCUUCCUCUUCUGCGGCCGCGACGGCAGCGGCGGCCGCCAGAGUGAGCAGCUUCCCCAUUUCCCUUCUCGCCGAAGAGAGCGAGCGCAUGGGGCUGGCCGGGUGGACUCCCCCAACGGCGGGAUCCGCCACACCAACGCAGCUCCCCGUGACAGCCACGAUGGACACCACCGCCGGGCCAGCCGACACAGUGCUGUACACCCCCUCUGCUCAAUUGCAAAGCCGCACCCCGAGCGAGGCCGCCUGCCUGCGCCUUUUGGCUCUCCUCUACCGCUACCCGCAGCUGCACACGCUGGAGCCGAUCACGGCGAGUCACGUGGACCUCGUCGCGAAGGAGCUGAACAAGGCGCUUCAUAUUCUGCAGGUGGCGAUGCGCGGCCGAUUUGGCGAGCGGUGGUGGCGACAGUGGCGGGCUCGGCGUGAGGGGGAGACGCAGCGGUACUACGCCCGUGCGUUAGCAGAUGCGCAGCGCGGCGUGCACGUGCGACGCCGCCUCUCCCCAGCACACUCCACAGGUCUCCUCCACAGCAGCAAUCGAGGCGAAUCGGCGAACACGGUGGGGGGUUCGCCUUCCGCGUUAGACACCUUGCAGCCACCAGCACCAUCAGCAGCAGCAGCAGCGCCUUCCAGCAUCACAGACCCGGCGCUGGCGUCCCCGACAUCCGCCGGGGUGCCUUCGCCGGUGGAGCCGCCGCCGCUUUCCUCCACCACUGCUGCCAGCACAACUGCAGCAGAAGCAGGAACAACAAACGUGUUGUCGUCCGACCCCUCUCUCGUGUUGCGACACCCCAGCAACGAUUCGAUGCAGCAGCCUCCGCCUUUCACGCUGCAAAUCGACUCUCCCUCCUCCAUAUUACAGCCACCGCCACAGGAGCUGUCGGCAUCGGGUUAUAGCUCUGUGCCGCCGCCCUCCGCACCGCAGCCCACGCCGCGGCAGGACCCUGUCUUGUCGAAGUUCUGGAGCACCCGCACGCUGUCCAUCCCCACACAGGAUGGCAUGAAGGAGCGCCGUCAGAACCCGCGCGGGCGCAGCGUGGACCUACUCAUCUCCGCCGACGACGACGGGGACCAAGGGGGUGCCGCCACCACCGUCGCAGCGAAAGCGGCACAGUCGUCACUUCGACAGCGGCACACCGAGGCGACGUCGGCGGCCGCGGCGAGUGCGUCGGCCAUCGCCUCGACGGAGACGGCCGUGGUGGCCGACGACGGCACGCUGAUCGACGUGAAUUGGGAUGUCCCACCCCACUACACGCCCGACGUCUCGCUGGACUUCUCGGCCUUCACGACCACCUCGGUGGAGACGCAGGAGGCCACCAGGCAGCUCGUGGAGUCGCUGCAGCGCCAGCAGCACGACGCGGAUAGCGUGCACGCGAAUGUGCCGGGUAUCUCCCUGCUCUCCAGCGCCUGCCGCCGUCUCCUGCACGACGAACUACCACUGCUGCAGCAGUACUGUCCCUGGCGUGUGAUCUACAGCACCCGCAUGCACGGCGUCAGCCUCGGCACGCUGUUCGCGAACUGCCGCCGAGAGAGUGAGCGACACAUGCGGCUGCCGAGUGGGUUAUUCAGCUUACCGUCGGCGAUGGAGACGAGUAGCAGCGGCGGCGGGCCGUCGAGCGCGGACGCGCGGCCGAUGCUGCUCGUGUUGGAGCUGCCCGCCUCCACCACCUUGUCCUUCGCUGAGGACGACGCCGGGGUGCGGGAGGCGCUGGCACAGCUGCGGAGGCCCUGCACAGCAGAAAGGGCCGCCACGGCAGCGACGGCAGCCGACUACCACGAGCUUACGCCCUUCAACAAGCUCUACGUUGGUGCGUACCUCUCCGACCUACUGCGACUGGAGUCACGGCGCUACUACGGCACGCAGGAGUGCUUCGUGUUUCAGCUGCUCGUCCCGGCGAGGACGGAGGGGGGCGGGAGUGGUGCAUCGGACCCCAUCGCAGCAGCAGCGGCGUCAACAUCAUCAACCGCAGCGCCGCCGCCGCAGCUUCACGUCUUCCACGCCACACGGCAGAACACGCGCUACGUGAAUUGCCGUCCGACCUCGAUCGUCAUCGGCGGUGGCGGCAGCGGCAGCAGCCUGUACGUGGAUGACAGCCUGUCGCACGGGGCCACCAGCGCCUGCGCGACCUUCAGCUCGCCGCCGCUCAGCGUGUGGCACAGCGCGGCGGCAACGUUGUGUGAGAUAGCGGGCGUGCAUCCGCCACCUGCCUCUGCGCAGGCGAGGGAAGAAGACAAGGAAGCGAGCUCUGCCGGCGACGGCGAAGAUGGACGGCAGCACAGCCUUUCCUUGUUGAACGUAGAAGUGAUUGUCAUGGACGCGUAA